AUGCUUAAUUGAAACUUGCAGCUGUUUGCGCGUGCUCAUUAAGCUUCGUUAGUUUGCUGGAGAAGUCGCCAUUUUGUAAGCGACUUCCUGCCUCCGCUACACUAAUGGUUGUAGCUGGUGUACAGCUCAGCCAAUCAGAUUGUAGCAUUUGAAAUAGUUUCUACUUAUUCUGAGUAAAAGCUCAUGGGCUUAUUUUGGGGAGACUCAUAAUCGGAUUGUUUUCUGUCGGCCGUUCGGCAUGCGUUAUUUAAAGCAUUCUACGAAGUAUCAACAUUGCUUAAUUGUAAUUUUAUUGUCAGAUCUUUUACAGAUCCUAGUAUACCAGCAGCAUUUUCGUUUGCAGUCCCUUGCCACAUUUGUACAGUUAGGUUCUAAGCACAAUAUGUGCAUUUAGUGGACGAUUAGCCUUCGCGCUGCUUGCUCGAUUUUUUGCUACUACGCGGAGCUGGUGAGACUCAACCAGGUCGAAACAGCUGUCCAAGGUUUCAUCUUGGCUUUCAGUUUGGACUCUAUCAUGUCGUUUUCGCGUUGAGCUUUCUAUGUUGUAUCAUGCAUCCUUGCUUAAUUAAUAUUUUAUUUUCGAGGCAUAACUUAUUUUCCUCAGGAGGCGAGGGGGAGGGGUUAUUUACAAAAGUUUACAAUAACAGGACAGUAAUUUAUGCAAAGGCUUUCACCAUCAGUUUUUUUAUUUCAAUUUACAAAGUGGUACAUAUGACUCAGACGGGAAGCUAUUAGUAAGCUGAGUUGGUCAAAAGUAUACGUUGCUCAUGAAAAUUACACUUAGUAUUUUAAUUUACUUAAAAUGUUGCAACGCGUGGUUGCUUCUAGAAGAAGCUACUAUUCAUUUUUACUUUCAGCUCGUAAAGUUUUUCUCUUAUAAUUUGAGGAAAUAAACUACCUCCCCGCGUUACGUUUUUGAGUAAAUACCCCGUUGAAAGCUGGUCGUAUGUGUUUAUUCGCGAUGGCUAAUAACCAAAGCGGUAUCUUUUUCUGUUGCGUGCACGGUUCGGGAAGAACGGACCGUUUGAAUUAAAAUUCGUCACUUUCAAUCAAAGAAAAUCGCAAUCUAGUAUUUUUCAUUUGAUUCUUUCAUUUUACCGCGCCAUUUCGCAUCAUUAAUUAUUACUGUUUGUGCAAAGGCGCGUUAAAAAUUUCUUCCCUAUUUACACAUACGUUCGAAACAAAGGUUUAGCUUGAAAAAUAAAUGAGAAGGAAUCAAAGCUUCGUAUGGCCGGAACACAAAAGAAACUGUUUCGGCUCAAUAUUGAGUAAAUAAAGUUCACUUGUUGAGCCAGGUGUUAAAGAAAUGACAAUUGGAUUCUGAGUUUUGACAACCCGAGGUUUGAAGUUUGAUCUUCGUGGUCAAGGUCUGCUCAAUAAACGUCAUUCAAAAAUAUUCGCGAACGAAUAUCAUUGUGUGGUUGGUUGUUGAUCUCUUGAAGUAUACCAACCGACUGAAGGGUCCUGCAGUUCCUAAUGUUUUUAAAACAAUAAUCCCUCAUAACUGCUCAGUCUUUGUCAGACGUCCGUGGCCUUUGCUCCCGUGGCUUUGCUGUUGACCGAAACGAAAUACACGAAGUUACAGAGAACACUGAAUGCUAAGCCGCUGUGACUGACAAAGGCAAGCGCGGCGAUCACGGAAAAAAAUGGUCAGAAAUGUUCUCCAUCGACAGUGAGGUGAAACUGCCACACAAGAACUGUGGGUUGGUAAACCACUGAGGCACUGGUUUACUGAGCGUAAGCGACCUCCCAUCGACUUGCAUCUCUGUGGGAUACUUAAGCAGAGCAGAAGAGAAGGAAGAAAAAGAAAAUUCUAAAACAGCUAAAUAGGACCGCGUUUAUUGUGUUGUGCUAGGAUAAGUUGCUACGAAGUUUGCACGCGAGUGGUUUACUUAAUUUCUGUAUGCAUUGUUUCACUGUAUUGGCACGCUCUUUUUGCCUUGGAAUUCAGAAAAGAUUGCAUAAAAGCUGAAAAUUCACGGUCUUUGGCCAGCUUAUCACUUGUUAUAGAAACCACUUCAGUUGAGAAUCUCAGACGUUCUGGAAAGGAAGAUUUUAGUUGCCUUAACUCUUACACUCCUGAAAUUGAAAGACUCUUUACGGAAGACAGUUUCCACUGCUAGUUCAACGCAAGAAUUAUUAGAAGACAAAGUAUAGUUAAGUUGCUACACUACUGAAUUGACUACAAAAGGUGCAGCCGACGUAACGGCAAGUUAAUCCCAAAAAAAGAGACGGAAGUACAGUACAUCAUUGUUUGCUGAAACGCUGAAACUAACAAGGAACUUCAUUGGGUUGGUACCCGGCAUUAAACACCCGACAUCUUGCUUCGUUGAACUAUCGUUGAGCUCUAUUUCAUUCACUUCUAUAAACAGCAGAAAAAGUCUGAGCAGCAAAUAGAGACGCCAAGCAAUGUUUUUCGACGGCUACUGGUUUCACACAAACCUCCCAAGUAUGAUAGUUUAUAUCUUCAUUUCUCUAUUAACAAUCUUCGGGAACGUUCUAGUUUGUACGGCUUUCAUCAAAGACCCUUACCGCCAGCUGCGCACUCUGCAAAAUUACUACAUCAUAAGCCUGGGGAUCUCUGAUCUCUUGAUGGGAAUUGCCGCCGAGACUAUACUCAUAGGUACUUACUGGAACGGCAGCGAAACUGUGUUUCUCGCUCAUUAUCUCUUUGCUAUUAUCUCAGGAGUAUCUUCAUUGUUAAAUAUGGCGGCGCUGUCGAUUCAUCGCUAUUUCGCGGUCAAAAUGCCGCUCAAUUUCCAAGAAGUAAUGACGCAACGUCGCAUUUUGAUCUCCAUAACGAUCAUAUGGAUUUACGCUGUGCAUUUUUCGCUUUUACCAUUAGUGGGCUGGGUCGACUCGAGAUACCAGAUUUAUCUCUACGGCUUAGGUUGUUUCCUACCGAGUGUGGUUAUUUUUAUGGCCUAUGGCGGGAUUUUCAAAUCGAUUCGCGCGCAUACCAAGACGCUAGGACGAUCCAUGGGAAACACGGCGUUGAAAAACGCCAUGUCCAGAGAAAAAUCUACCACGAAGACUAUGCUGAUAGUCCUGGCUGUGUUUUUAUCGUUCUGGUUUCCAUUUUUGUUAAUAGAUUUGAUUAUGGUCCAGUGUAUCCAGUGUAGAACGUUUGGUUUUCACGCUGCGCGCGAUGUUACCUUAACUUUAACCUACUUUAGUUCGUGUGUGAACCCGCUCCUUUACGCAUGGCGUGUGACGCAGUUCCGCAGGGCAUUUAUCCGCGUGCUCGGAAUGAGGAAACUGAUGCGACGACGAAACAAUGUGGUCUAUCCAUUGACAGUGGUUCCUUUUCGUUCUCGAACCGAAGUCGAUCAAGAGAGAUCGUGUUACACUAAUUUACCCCGAAAAUCUGUUUCUGUUGUGUCAUAGAUAGAGUGAUAUGCUCUUAUUAUGUGGCUAUGUCUCACAAGGACUGGGAGCUACUGAAUUCACGAAUAUGAUUGGCUGAAAUCGAUAUUGAA